AUGGACUUCGAAGACGACGAUCCUUGCAGCGAUUCUGCCACUUCGAUGGACGAUUCUGCGGACGAUGGAAUCAGUAUUGAAGCUUCAGCCAACUACGAGAACGAAGAAGAAAAAUGCGACUAUACUGUACGUACAUUAGCUGUAAUGUGCCUAUUUUUUGAAAUUUUUAUUUAACUUUAGUUUUUAGGUAUUAAAUUUUACGGAUUUGCAAAAAGAGCUGUUUAACCUGGCUUCGGAGACUUCUGUGGUAAUAGGAAUCGCACCAGACAUUUGCAGUGUUCUUCUUAAUGAUUUUCAAUGGAACAGGGAGAACUUGAUCGAAAAGUAAGGAAACGACAAGAGAAAAUGCAUUUUUACUUAGCUUUCACGAAUUAACAUGAAGAGGGACUCAUAUUGCCCCGAAAAUAUUGAUCAUUUCGCUCUUUCAAAUGGCUUUAUCGCUUUAACCGACAAUUUUCUUAUCUUGUACAUUUAGAUUUUACGAAGCGGGUGAUAAAGACAAGUUCUUGGCUACACACAAUGUCACUGAUGAAGAAGAUGCCUUGCGUUGUCGUGGCGCUGAAGGAUCUUGUGAGAUCUGUUACGAUGACUGUGAAACCUACGGGUUAGAUUGCAAUCACGUGUACUGUGACAGUUGUUGGAGGAAUUAUCUUACGGUUAAAGUAAGUUGUUUUAUAUUGUAUUUGUUUUUAGAUUUUAUGCUUGAAUGAUCUUGGCUUUAAUUAAAGUUUUAAUCGUUUUUCAGAUUCAAGACGAAGGAGUCGUUCUUGUAGCAUGUCCGGGUAUCAAAUGCAAACGACUACUAGCCGGGCGAAUGAUUAAGAAAUUUCUUACUGACCCUGUGAUACUCCAGAAGUACGAGAAACUGGUCAUCAACAGUUUUGUACAGGUAAUAUUAUAAAUACCUUGAGAGGAUGAGUAAAAUUAUGAGUUAUGUGAAACAACACUUACAAAAAUUUCGAUUUUAGAGUAAUUUCAAGUUAAAGUGGUGCCCGGCCUUGGACUGCGGCCACGCCGUCAAAGUACCUCAUGCAGAAUGUCGUCCCAUCAAGUGUUCUUGUUCCAUGGUGUUUUGUUUCCAAUGUUCUCAGCAAUGGCACGAUCCUGUCUCAUGUGACAUGCUCAAGUUGUGGUUGAAGAAGUGCAGCGAUGACAGCGAGACUUCGAACUGGCUCAAUGCCAACACCAAAGACUGUCCUAAAUGUAAAGUGACCAUUGAAAAAGACGGGGGAUGUAAUCAUAUGACCUGUAAGAACGUAUCUUGUCGCUUCGAGUUCUGUUGGACAUGUCUGGGUCCAUGGAAACCCCAUGGAUCUGGGUGGUACGCCUGUAACAGAUUCGACGACACAGAAUCCAAGAAGGCACAAGACGCCCAACAGAAGUCUCGUGCGGCAUUACAGAGAUACCUCCACUACUACAACCGGUUCGUCAACCAUCAAAACAGUUUGAAGCUCGAAAAUAAGGUAAGCAAGAAGGUACUUACCUAAACUAUUCUUAUGAACCUUAAUUAUUAAGUAUUGAUGACAAUUUCUCAACAAUCUAGUAGUCAUUUCCUUUAGUUGUACAACCAAGUCCAGGAGAAGAUGCUCCAAAUGCAACAGAGAGGGUUCUCGUGGAUCGAGACCCAGUUUCUGAAGAAAGCGGUCGAUGUUCUGAGUGAAUGUCGUCGUACCUUGAUGUACACAUACGCCUUUGCUUUUUACCUGAAGCAGAACAACAUCACAACCAUCUUUGAAGGCAACCAGCAGGACCUGGAGUUAUCGACCGAACAGCUGAGCGAGUUCCUCGAACGGGAUCUGGAGAAGGAGAACCUGGUGUCACUGAAACAGAAGGUCCAGGACAAGUAUCGAUAUGUACAGCAGCGGAGAUCAGCGCUCCUGGAGCACGUGGCGGAAGGACGCGACAAAAAUCAAUGGAUUUUUACCGUCGAAUUCUAA